UGAAUGACAGCCCCGCGUGCAGUCAUUCAUAUGGAGAAGGGCUUUUAACUGGAUAAUGAAGGGAGGGUUUUUACUUGCUGAUCUGGGCUCAAUGACGCGUCACGCAACCUUGCUCGGAACUUUGGUGUCGACUCAUUGUAAAAGUUUUUAUUUACGCAUGCAGUUGCUCGGCGGGACAGUUUGGAGGAGCUGAGGCAACAUGGGGAGGAUACAGCCGCUCACACACGUGAUAAUGAACUUUAGUCAUGGUUUUAAAGGCAAACGUAGCGCGGAAAGUGUAAACGCGUGAUAUUCAGACUUGGACUCGCUCCUUCGCUGUUUUCUUUUUCUUUUUCUUUUUUUUUUUUUUUGUAACGGAAGGCAAUGUGAGAUGGUCCCGACUUGUCACAGAGGCUGGGAUGACAUAACCUGAAACAGCGUGUAUUAUUUCCACGAUGAGAGCUGUGAGUUUACUUUGUCUAACAGCUCUGCUGUGGGAGUCGAGCCUGAGCAGCAGAAACUGUCCGGAUCUGAUCGUUGACAGCUGUCACUGCUCGGCUGAGAGGUCCAAAGAGCUGAGCAGACAGCACGUCCGAGUCAAAGUGGUCUGUGAUGAUUUGGACCUGAUGGACACCCUGCCGCCCAGCUUCUUACCCAACAGAACAAUUUCCCUAAACCUGAGCAACAACAAGAUCUCUCUGCUGAGGAAUGGCUCCUUCUAUGGCUUGGCUGCUCUGGAAAAGCUGGACCUGAAGAAUAAUCUGAUAAGUACGGUGGAGCCUGGAGCCUUCCGUGGUCUUCUGGCUUUGAGAAGACUGGAUUUGUCUAACAACAGAAUUGGCUGCCUUUCACCUGAAAUGUUUCUUGAUCUGGGCAGCCUUUCAAAAUUGAAUUUAUCUGGAAACAUCUUCUCCACUCUGACAGCCAAACUGUUUACUCACCUGGUGGCUCUGAAAGUCCUGCAUUUCAGCUCUGAGAGGUUGUUCUGCGACUGUCAGCUGAAGUGGCUGCUCCUCUGGGCUCGACGCAACUCGGUGAGGAUUGGUAACGACACAGUCUGUGUUUUCCCCACCCACCUCCAUGGCCUGGAGUUUCGCCAACUACGAGAACAUCAACUCAAAUGCGAUGGUCCUCUGGAGAUGCCCCUAUUCCAGCUCAUCCCCUCCCAGAGGCAACUCGUUUUUCGUGGAGACCGGCUCCCACUGCAGUGCACCGCCUCCUACCUCGACCCAUCAGUGGAGCUGCGAUGGCGUCACAAUGGCCACAUAGUGACCACUCAGGAAGAUCAGGGGAUCUAUGUGGAGGAGACUCUGCUUCAUGACUGCUGCCUGCUCACCAGUGAGGUUAUCCUCUCCAACAUCGAAGUGGGCAUUGCUGGCAGCUGGGAGUGCCUGGUCACCAGUUCCCGAGGGAACACUUCCCAGCAGAUGGAAAUAGUUGUAGUGGAGACAUCAGCCCCCUACUGCCCAGCUGACAGAGUAAACAACAACAAAGGGGAUUUCAGGUGGCCAAAGACCUUGGCUGGCAUCCUGGCCUUCCUCCCCUGUGUUCCUGCAACCUUUGGUUCAGCCCCCCACCCCUCUGGCAAUGCUCUUCAUCCUGCCAGCCAGAAGGAGAAGAAAGCGUGGCGGCGUUGUGACCGGGCCGGGCGAUGGGCUGAAGAGGACUACACUCAGUGUCCAUAUGCCAGUGAACUGACUCGUGUGCUGCAUGAGCUCACCCAGAUUCCCAUUAACACCAGCAAUGCUCAGCCUUUAGGCCAGCAGUUAGUGGCAUUCACCAGCAGGGCAGCGCACUUCACUGACGUAAUGGAUGUUAUCUUCGUCACACACCUGGUGGAGAGACUGACGAGGCUGGUGGAGAAGCAGAAAGAUCUUGGUGACUAUAUAUCAGACAUAGCCAGUAACAUGAUGCUGGUGGAAGAGCAUAUUUUGUGGAUGGCUCAGAAUGAGGCCAGGGCAUGCACUCGGAUCGUCCAGUGCGUGGAGCGCUUUGCUGACCUGGCGCUGACCCAAGACAAUCAGGUCAUCUCUAAGGUGUCUGCUAACAUCGCCAUGGAGGCCUUUCUCAUCAGGCCAUCAAACUUCCUCGGUUUAUCCUGCACAGUGCUCCAGCGGUCCCCCUCGCCUGUCACCUCGCCUCCAUCUCAGAACCAUUUCUACCCUGAGAAGGACAAGAGCAGAGAGCGUGAUGCAGUGGGACAGUCGUUGCUCAAUUUCAGAUGCCACACUGUCAACAACAGUGGCUCGCCCGCCAGUCAGCUUAGCAAGAACUCCGUGGCAGUCGCCUCAAUCCAUUUACCGCUGGCUGGUACGCCUAUCUCCUCUGCGUUGCAAUCUGUUGAUAACUCCACUUGCAGGCUGCAGUUUAUUGUGUUUCGCAAUGGGAAACUCUUUCCUUGCACCGGGAAUUCGUCAAAUCUCGCAGAUGAUGGGAAGCGUAGGAGUGUUUCAACACCAGUUGCUUUCACCAAAUUAGAUGGGUGCAGCCGCGCGAGAGUCGUGCACUCCGUUACUAUAGCUCUAAGGCACUUCGCACUGGGUGUAGACCCCACCGCAGCCUAUUGGGAUUUUGACCUGCUGGAUGGACACGGUGGCUGGAGGGCAGAGGGCUGCCACAUAACUGGCUCCGGGGGCAACACGACCACCAUUCAUUGCACCCAUCAUAAUAACUUUGCUGUGCUAAUGGAUCUGAAGAAGGUGCUGUCAUUCCCCCCGUACCCUGGGGAGUUUUUGCACCCAGUCGUGUAUGCCUGCACGGCGGUCAUGUUGCUUUGCCUCUUCGCCUCCAUCAUCACAUACAUAGUGCACCACAGCGCGAUCCGCAUCAGUCGGAAAGGAUGGCAUAUGCUUCUCAACUUCUGUUUCCACACGGCGCUGACCUUCGCUGUGUUUGCCGGUGGCAUCAAUCGAAUCAAAUACCCCAUCAUCUGUCAAGCAGUUGGGUUUGUGCUGCACUACUCAUCGUUGUCGACGAUGCUGUGGCUCGGGGUGACGGCCAGGAAUAUUUAUAAACAGGUGACCAAGAAGCCUCUGCAGAGUCAGGACGGUGACCCUCCUCCACCUUCCAAGCAGACCCUGCUGAGGUUUUAUUUAGUCAGUGGUGGAGUGCCCCUCAUCAUCUGUGGGGUCACAGCAGCCAUCAAUAUGGACAACUACGGCAGCGGGGAGCAAGCACCAUACUGCUGGAUGGCGUGGGAGCCCAGCUUGGGAGCCUUCUUUGGCCCUGUGGCUUUCAUCGUCCUGGUGACAUGCAUCUACUUCAUCUGCACCUUCAUCCAGCUACGGCGUCACCCUGAGAAGAAGUACGAGCUGAAGCAGCUGACGGAGGAGCAGCAGAGGCUAGCUGGUGGCGAUGUCCCGACCCUCUGCCACCAGGGAACUGAACCUGGAGCCCUGGGAGCCGCACCCAGUGGGAGCCACUGCCCUGCCGGCUGUCCCGGCGUUCCCAUCAAUCCUGCGCUGCUGGCCAAUGAGCACUCCUUUAAAGCUCAGCUACGCACGGCGGCCUUCACCCUUUUCCUGUUCCUGGCCACCUGGACUUUCGGGGCGCUAGCCGUGUCACAGGGCCACUUCCUGGAUAUGAUCUUCAGCUGCCUUUACGGUGCCUUUUCCGUCACCCUUGGCCUCUUCAUCCUAAUCCAUCACUGUGCCAAGCGUGAUGAUGUCUGGCAUUGCUGGUGCUCCUGUUGUCCCGGACGACAAACCAACUCUUGUUCUGGUGCGCACGGGGCAGCUCAAACCCGGCCCAAGGUCAAUGUGAAUGGAGAUACGCCUGGGCACGGUCACAGUCACACCCACUGCCAUCAUGACUCCCCGUGUCAGGGUAAGGCCCUGAUGAGCUGCAGCCACAGCAGUUUAGGUCACUGUAAGCACGCAGCUCUUCCAUCCUCACAAAAUCACAUGACAUGUCUGGCGCCAGUGACACCAUGCUGUGCCGCCCUGCACAGCCAGCAGCUAAUGGAGGAGGAACCCGCGGCUACCCACGUGCUGCUGCACGCUGACGCCGAGGGUUACCGACCGGGGAUCCAGUUGCACCCUUGUCUAAAGAGCAGCACUAGGACUAAAGGCCGACACUUCGGCCGCAGAGCGGGGGCUGCUGCUUGUGGAGCAGGGGGGGAGAGAGAGUACGCCUAUCACAUCCCUUCCAGCGUGGAUGGAGGCAGUAUGCACAGCUCACACACUGACAGCCCGCACAGCACACACGAGCGCCACACCCACAUCUGUCCACAUCUGGCCCAUGAGGGCCACACAUGCCAUGCUGGUGCAGCCACCACGCACGAGUCUCUGGUAUGCCAUAACCCUUGCCACAGGCACAUCUGCUGCGCUAAGGCAGACCUUUUCCCCUCUCUGUGUCCAGCAGAGGCAGGAGACACAGGCGUGUUCCUGUGCGGCUGCGGCAAAGUUGCAGAGGAGGACCCCAUGGCAACACAUCACCAUCUGGAGAUGCACGCCCCGCGCAGACAAUCCUACCCCCAGAACCCGCCCAAUCAGAAUGGGAUUCUAAAAGGGGGCCUGCAUGAAGGACUCCUGUACACCUCAGACAGCACAGGGAAUAUACGCACCGGACCCUGGAAGAAUGAAACUACUGUGUAGUGUGGGAAGGAAAAAACAGGGGAUGGAGACAGCGUUCCUGCCUCGUCCUGCCAAAACGAAUCCUCGCCUCCCUUUUUAGAUUAAAAAAGAAAAAAAGAGAAUUGAACAUUUGAACAUCACAAUCAGCGUGAGAAAGUUUUAUUUUAAUGUCCACAUGUUUUUAUGUGUGCUGUUUUAUUGUACAGAAUCUGAUAUGAUGCAAGACAGAACAGAAUCUUUUCAUCACAGUUUGUGAAACGUAUAUCGCAUCAUUACCAUCAGAUGUAACUGAAGAUAUUUCCACUGUUCCAUAUUACUACAGACCUGUCUCUCCCUCUCUCUCUCUCUCUCUCUCUCUCUCUCUCUCUCUCUCUUUCUCUCUCUCGCUCU